AUCAGUUUAGUUUUUCUCAUUUGAUAUAUAACCACAUUCACAAAUCAAUAAGUAUUAGUUUAUUGCGAAUAUACUUAUUGUGAUAUAUCGUGUCGAGUGUCCAAUGAACUCAUCUCUACUUACCAGUAGUUUCUGAUUUUUAAUUAGUGUUCAUAUAUUUUUACAUUCAUCCAUCAGUCACAACAUAUAUCAUAAAUCAUAAACAAUGGCCCCAUUAAAGACAUUGAUGAUAUUGGCUACGAUGAUGGUCCCAAUUAUGUGCAUUUCAGUGCAUUUGGAUAAGUUUCACACAUUGAUAGGCGACCGGUGUUUCAACGAGACGUACGACCGAAAGCCAUACACUUUGGGUCAGAGAAAUCCGGUCGGACUCUCCAUUGAGAACCUCAUAUCACUUAUUGAAAAGAUUGAGUCCAAACUACCCCUUAUGACUGCCCAACAGAUUGUCGUACUUAUACUCAGAAGGUUCCACAUCGAUGGUCUGCAUUUGACCGGUUUGGUGAACAUGCAGUCCCAGAUCGAGAUGAAACACAGGCGGAUCACCGAAGAGAUUAUGGGCCAGAGUGUGAGCGCCGGCGGGUCUGGCGUUAGUGUCAGUCCAUUGGACUUCCCGGAGGACGCGCUCACAGAAGACGAAAAGUGUCAAAUGUUUUACACACUUUCGCAUACAGUGAACGAAACGGCCCGACACGACGACGACCCGCUCCACACCUAUCACAAGACCAUUCACUUGUCCCGAUCGGCGCCCAAACCGUCCAACAAAACAGUGGUCGUCAAGAGUCCGGCGCCCAUUCAGUCCGAGUUUCUCACACAACAAAACAAAUCGGUCGGACCCGCGAAGGGACAGGACGUGAGGAAGGAGACCGCGGCCGCCGCUCCCGUCGUUCCCGCGGAGGACACCGACGAAGAGGUCGACGACAGGAGGCGUAGGCGGCGAAGGCAAGUGAAUGUACCGAUUCAGGGACCAGUACACGGCCCCGUCAAAGGUCCAGCCAAAGGCCCGGUGCACGGACCAGUUCACGGACCAGUUCAGGGGCCAGCGAAAGGCCCGGUACACGGACCAGUGCACGGACCCGCCGCACUCGCCCCUCCUGUCAAAGUCCCAGUUAAGGGACCCGUCAAAGGCAUUAAUAUACCGGUGUCAGUGAACGGUCCGAGUAAUAUACGACUGACCCGACGGCCCCGCGAGAAAGGAGUGGUCAGUUUCCGUCACGACCGCAAUAUGGCCAUCGCCGCCAAUCGGGUACUCUUGGGAACCGCUGUAGGCCUACUGUCGCCGCCGGUAAAAUCGGUGCACCAAAUGAUCAAAUCCAUUGCCAAUAUAGACAUCCCGGACAAUGUGCCCGACGGCCAGUUGGACCCACUGUUGGCGGUCACUCUAUCCGACCUGUUGGGCAUCGACGCCGGCUCCGGGCUUAUCAUACCGGCGGGUGAUGUGCUGUUUGGCGCUGAGGGCCACUGGAACUCGACGGCCUGUCAGACCAGUUACAAGUUGACCACAAACGGAACUUUGGCCACUUUGGCCGAACUCCGGGGCGGAAUCGACGGCUGGAAUAUCGGCCGCAAACUGCCGACAGUAUUGCAACAAAACCCGACCAUCUCUUUGAGCCAAAUCCUGCGCCAAUACUACUCACCGAAAGGCAUGUCAUUGGACGCCACGGUCUGCAAC